GGGAGGGUGGUCUUGCAGUCGACGGAAAGGAACAGGACUUUAUUGAGGAGGAGCUGCAAUGGUAGGGGGAGAAAAAAACCCAUCGCCUUGCGUUGCGGAUGGUUGUUGCAAAGAGGAAGGAGGGGGAGCAAAAUAGCGCGCUGAAGCAAAUAGCCACUUUGUGCUGCUGAGAGGCUGCCGGCUGCUUUGUUUAACUUGUUGAUGCGACGUUAUUGUGCUGUUUUAUUUUGCUGUGUGUGUGUGUGUGUGGGUGUGCGCGCGUGUGUGUGUAUGUGUGUGUCUGCAGUACAGAUAGAUGGGAAGCGAUAUGGAAAGUAGUCUCCUGCGAGGAUUUGAUUAAACUCCCCGUAGAGGCAGUUUAAGGAGCAGCCUUCCCCAAGGUUCUCUUGAGCCAGAAGGGUGAUUCAUAAGCCCGACCGUCCCUGUCCUAUUCAACCCCGCAGAUGCUCUUCACCCCCGGCGCCUUUACACUGUGAUAACCGGAGCGCAACACUUCUUCCAGGUCAGCAUGGCAGCAGGUGUGGCGGCGUGGCUCCCCUUCGCCCGGGCGGCAGCCAUCGGGUGGAUGCCCGUGGCGAGCACGCCGAUGCCCGUCCCGCCGCAGGACAAGCGCAAAGCUCAGGACGGUCUCAUUAUUCUCAACGUGAGCGGCACCAAGUUCCAGACGUGGCGGACCACGCUGGAACGCUACCCGGACACUCUGCUGGGCAGCACCGAGAAGGACUUCUUCUUCCACGAGGAGAGCAACGAGUACUUUUUCGAUCGCGACCCGGACAUAUUUCGGCACAUUCUCAAUUUCUACCGAACCGGGAAACUACACUACCCGCGUCAAGAGUGCAUCUCGGCCUACGAUGAGGAGUUGGCCUUUUUCGGGAUCAUCCCAGAGAUUAUCGGGGACUGCUGCUACGAGGAGUACAAGGACAGGAGGCGCGAGAACGCCGAGCGCCUCCAGGACGACGAGGAGAUGGACAUGACCAACGACGUCACGCCUGUCAACCUGACAGCUCGGGAGUACCUGUGGCGAGCGUUCGAGAACCCGCACACCAGCACCCUGGCGUUGGUCUUCUACUACGUCACCGGCUUCUUCAUUGCUAUCUCGGUCAUGGCCAACGUGGUGGAGACGGUGCCGUGCGGGACGCUGCCCAACAGGUCCAAGGAGGUCUCCUGCGGGGACCGCUACGCGCUGGCCUUCUUCUGCUUGGACACGGCGUGCGUUAUGAUCUUCACGGUCGAGUACCUCCUGCGCCUCAUCGCGGCACCGAGCAGGUACAAGUUCAUGAAGAGCGUCAUGAGCGUCAUCGACGUGGUGGCCAUCAUGCCUUACUACAUCGGCCUGGUCAUGACCGACAACGACCAGGUGAGCGGCGCCUUCGUCACGCUGCGCGUCUUCCGGGUCUUCAGGAUUUUCAAGUUCUCCCGGCACUCGGCGGGCCUGCGUAUCCUGGGCUACACGCUCAAGAGCUGCGCCUCCGAGCUGGGCUUCCUGCUCUUCUCGCUCACCAUGGCCAUCAUCAUCUUCGCCACGGUCAUGUUCUAUGCGGAGAAGGGCUCCACUGCCAGCAAGUUCACCAGCAUCCCUGCAGCCUUUUGGUACACCAUCGUCACCAUGACAACGCUGGGGUAUGGUGACAUGGUGCCCAAAACCAUCGUAGGGAAGGUGUUCGGCUCCAUAUGUUCCCUGAGCGGAGUGUUGGUCAUCGCCCUGCCCGUGCCCGUCAUCGUGUCAAACUUCAGCCGCAUUUACCAUCAAAGCCAGAGGGCGGAGAAGCGACGAGCCCAGAGGGCCUCCAAGGAGGCAGGACAAGCCCUGGUGGGGAAGUCUGCCAGCCCGCCGUUCGAGAGCCAGCAUCAUCAUCUGCUGCACUGCCUCGAGAAGACCACGAAUCACGAGUUUGUGGACGAGCAGACGUUCCAGUCUAACUGUAUGGAGAUCUCUGUGAUAAAAAAGUCCAGCUCCCGCGCUUCCUCGCUGUCUUCCUCGCCGCACGGAUUCAGCUCGUGCUGCUCUCGGCGCCACAGGAAGAAGAACAGCUUCAGCAUGCCGAGCACAAACAACCAGGAGCUGAGCACCAUACAGAUCCCAGAAAGGCCCAUGGCCAACAGUCGCUCCAGUCUGAAUGCCAAACUGGAUGAGACGGUGCCGUUGAAAUGCGACAAAGCUUACAUCAGCCCAUCGAUGGUCAGCCUCUCCGCUCCGGUGGUGACUUCAUCGGACGGCGACGGCUCGUCCAGCACCGCCUCGGCGUACUCUCAGAGCAACAUUGUGCGAGUAUCUGCCUUGUAGACGCCUAGACACCCCUGAGGAGAGAUGGGGAGGCCACGCUGAGCAUGAACCUGCCAUAACCUGGAGGGGAUUAUGACAUGAUUGAGGGUGUUUUUUUCUUCCUCCCGAGCAGUGAUCUCAUCUGAUGUCAAACUCUGCAUGGUUUUUUAAGAGGGGACAGUGGAGGCCUCCUUGGGUCUGGGGGGGAAGGAGAGGAUAGCGACCAGCACAUCUUGUUCCAUUAAGCACAGCACAGCGAGCAAGUGUUGGGAGGGAAUCAUCGUUGCCUAAACAUACUGAGAAACACUUUAUUUUUCAAUAUAGCUGUCAAAGUCAAAGGAGUGUUCGUUGUUCUUUUCCUGGAUGGCCUGUGAUGACAAAAGCACACGUGUUCAUUCCCACAGACACCAUUGCUGUGAAUAUUCCAUCCGCUCUGCUUCCACAUUAGAACACCUCGUUUGUUGUUAUGUUUUACAACCCCUCCUCCCCUUGCCGUACUCAUGUAAAUCCACAAAACGUGCAUCCUGGAAUGGACAGAACUGUUGUGAACAUUCAUGAUGUGAGCCACGAACUGCGCUUGUUGAUGAAUACGCGACGCAUCGUGACAUUUUUUGUGAAAUGUGCAAGUAAGUGAAAAGUCCUAAAAAGAAUAAAAAGCUUACAUAUUUGA